AUGGACAGGCUACCCGAUGCACUGCUCGAGGAGAUCCUGCUCCGCCUGCCGGCGUGCGGCGUCGUGCGCUGCCUGGCCGUCUGCAAGUCGUGGCGCGCCACCGUCUCCGCCCCGACCUUCCGCCGCGCGCUCGCCGAGCGCCCGGCCGCCGCCACCGUUGCCAAGGUCGUCGCCGCCUGGGCGGCCUAUCCCGGCGACGGCACCAAUCGUGAUGCCGUGCUCAUUGGCUCGUUGUUCCGCGGCGACGUCCACGAGGCGCCGCCGUGUCGGUUCGGCCUCACGCUCCUCGCGCCGACGUUCUCCAUCCUUGACAGCCAGGUCCUCGGCUCCUGGGACGGCGUGAUCUGCAUCGAGCGCGGUGGUCCUCCGAUGGGGAGCUCCCGCUGGAUCCUGCCUCUGUGCUGGCUCAACAUCUUCCGUCCCCGGGAGUAUGUGCUCUGGAACCCGUUCACCAGGGCCUGCACCGUCGUCUCUCCCCCGGAAUAUGACGACGACGACGGAGGCCACGGCGUGAUCAUCGGCGCCUACGCCCACCCGGACACCAUGCGCUUCCACCUCCUCCAUGCCGUCGGCAAGGCGGCAACUCUCGGCCUGUUUGUCCCGGCCGUCUUCCGGGUCUGGCGAGUCGGGGACGACGACGCCGCCGGCGGCUGGCGCGAGAUUCCCAUGCUGGACGACGCAGAUCAAGUGCAAGGCGGAGAAGCGACGAGAACCAUCUCUAUCAAGAUGCACAGCGCCCGAUCGGUCAGCUUGCACGGCAACCUGCACUGGCUGGUGCGGCGGGCCUCGGACCGACGGCUGCAGGUGCUCGUGUUCGAGCCGGCGCGCGAGAGGUUCCGGCUGAUGGAGGCGCCGCCGGCCUUCCAAGGGAAGCAGGAAGACCUGGCAAGAUCGCGGAUCGUCGCCCUGUCCAACGGCAAGCUCUGCGCCGUCGUCAUCGCACCGGCGACCAGCACCAUGGAGAUCUGGGCGCUGUACGACUACCACUGUUCCAGCUUGCGGAGCUGGCGGCUCACGGACAGGGUCAGCCUUGUGAUGCCCGACAGGCACGACGUGUCGGCCGCGUUCACGUCGGCGACGCAGGUAGAGGUGGCGCAUGGCGACGCGGAGGGUGAGGAGGUGAUGGUGCGCCAAGACGGCCGGAUCGACGCGUACAGCCUCCGGCGCAGGGUGUGGUCGAGGCUGGACGUCUCCCGCUCGGAUCCUUAUCCCAUGGACGUGUCGCUUCUGGCACACCGGGGGAGCGUUGUGCCGCAUGACGUCAGUUUCGGCGAGAAAUCACGCCUGCUUCAACAUACCAUCAACAUCCAUGGCCACCGCUGCUACUGCCUCUAA